CAUCAAUAAGGGAUCAUAUCUUUCACCUGGAUUCACCUGGGGUACCAUGGUUCGAACAUUGAACAAUAUGGAGGAGCUUAGAAAUUCUUCGUUUGGUCGUCCCUCACCCAGGCACGGACUCAAGCUCCUUUUCUGGUUCGCCAAAGAUCACAUCGUCAUAAAAAAUGGCAACCAGAUGGUUGCAAAUUGCGACCCCAAAGAGCGAGGCUUUGGAUUCCAUCACUUCCAGAACAGACGUGAAAACAAUGUCAACAAGAGGCUGCUUCCUUUUAGUGAGUACCCAUUCUAUGAGGUGGGCAACCUCCACCUCCCAACAUCUAAAUCCUUGCCUGAAUAUGUCCGUGGGGGUAACACUCAUCAGAAAGAUGACAGCAACAUGGACCGUCUCAUCAUCAGUAUGCGUCCAGACAGGAUAGUGGUUAAGGUCUAUGUGACCCAGCACGAGGACCUGAAGAGCUUCGACCCGGUCAACACAUAUUGCAUCAGCAGGAGCUUGCUCAUGAUCAUACGUCAGUAUACAUUGAGGAAGUUCCUGGGACAGGUGGGCUAUUACACCCAAAAUGUAAUCGCCCCCAGGGAGUCUGGGGAUACCAGGAUUGAUAUGGACGGUGGAUCCAGAGCUCCACCCAGCGCUCCACCCAGAGCUGCACCAGGCUUCUGGGAAAGCUACUGUACCAUACUGUAACCAGGCUUCUGGGAAAGCUACUGUACCAUACUGUAACCAGGCUUCUGGGAAAGCUACUGUACCAUACUGUAACCA